AAAAUAUCACAGCGAGUCAAUUAGUAAAAGGACUUCAAGAAGGUCUUAACUCAUCACCGCUGCUCGCCAAUUUUUUAGCUAUCGACUUUUACUUUGGUGAUGAUCACACCAUCGAUCCGGAAUUAGUUGAUUUGUUUCUCAAACAGAAUAUUGAUGGAAAAAUUAACGAGGAAGCAUUAUCAAAACUUCAUUGGAUCCGAUUAAACAAUUCAAAAGAAGUUAAUCCGACUUUAUUGUAUAAUACUAGACAAAAAAUUCUUUCAGCAGGAGAAUCGUCUUUAUUAUUAAAUUUUAUUGGCGCUAAUACAAAUUUUGAGAUCGAUAUUGAAAAAUUAGAUGUAUUUUUAAAGCAUGAAAGGUUUCCAGAAGGAUGGGAAAAGCCCAAUAAGACAGUUGGACUUUGUUCAAUCAUAAGCGGUUUGCGCUCAUUUCUAAAAAGAUAUGAUCAACGAGUAUUCAAUUAA